UCAGUUGAUAAACGCUCGUGCUUUAGUUAACUUAAUAGCUUUAACAGCUUUGUCGCGAGCACAAUCUCGUUUUGUUCUAUGAAAUUAGUUUAUAUUUGUAUACAACAACAACAACUAAAUUUACGACAAUUGCUUUACGGUGCAACAUAAUUAAUACUAUUUAGUUUUAAUUACAAAUUGCGUAUAAAUCUGUACAAGACUAUAUAUAUAUAUAUAUAUAGGGAUCGACAUGGAAGCGCCAGAGUUUAGAGAAUUUGCCAAAUCGAUGGUUGAUUAUAUCGCUGAUUAUUUGGAGAAUAUACGUGAUAGACGUGUUCUUUCGGACGUUAAACCCGGCUAUUUGCGACCACUUAUUCCAGAUUCUGCACCAGAAACACCAGAAAGUUGGGAGGAUGUUAUGAAGGAUAUCGAACGUGUUAUAAUGCCCGGUGUUACACAUUGGCACAGUCCUAAAUUUCAUGCAUAUUUUCCAACUGCGAAUUCAUAUCCAGCCAUAGUCGCUGAUAUGUUAAGUGGUGCUAUUGCUUGUAUAGGAUUCUCUUGGAUUGCUAGCCCUGCGUGCACUGAAUUGGAAGUAGUAAUGUUGGAUUGGUUGGGCAAAAUGAUUGGUUUGCCAAAAGAGUUCCUAGCCUGCUCGGGUGGAAAAGGUGGCGGCGUAAUACAGGGUACUGCAAGUGAAGCUACACUUGUGGCACUUUUAGGUGCAAAGGCUAAGAAAAUUGAAGAGAUUAAAGUACUACACCCUGAAUGGAGUGAGAAUACAAUUAUCUCCAAGUUGGUUGGAUAUAGCUCGUCGCAAGCGCAUUCCUCAGUAGAGCGCGCUGGUCUAUUGGGUGGUGUAAAAUUACGUGGUGUUGGUGCUGAUGAAAACAAUAGAUUGCGAGGUGAGGCCUUGGAAGCAGCAAUAAAAAAGGACUUGGAAGAUGGUCUUAUACCUUUUUACGCCGUUGUGACGUUGGGUACGACUAACACAUGCGCUUUCGAUCAUUUAGACGAGUGCGGCCCUGUUGGCAACAAGUAUGGCGUUUGGAUUCAUGUGGAUGCUGCCUAUGCUGGUGCCGCUUUCAUUUGCCCUGAAUAUCGUCCUCUAUUAAAGGGCAUCGAAACAGCGGAUUCAUUUAAUUUUAAUCCACAUAAAUGGAUGUUAGUGAAUUUCGAUUGUAGUGCUAUGUGGCUAAAGGAUCCCAGUUGGGUGGUGAAUGCUUUCAAUGUUGAUCCAUUGUACUUGAAACAUGACAUGCAGGGCUCUGCACCUGAUUACCGACACUGGCAAAUACCAUUGGGUCGUCGUUUCCGUGCAUUAAAGUUGUGGUUUGUACUACGUUUGUAUGGUGUGCAAAAUUUGCAAGCACAUAUCAGACGCCACUGUGGUUACGCGACGCAGUUUGCCAAUCUUUGCAGAGCUGAUGAACGAUUCGAGAUUGUUGGUGAUGUGAAUAUGGGUCUAGUUUGUUUCCGUUUAAAGGGUGCUAAUGAAAAGAGUGAGAAAUUAUUAAAACAUAUUAAUGGACGCGGAAAGAUACACAUGGUGCCAAGUAAGAUAAAUGAUGUAUACUUUUUGCGUAUGGCUGUUUGUUCUAGAUUUACUAGACCUGAAGAUAUGGAAUAUUCUUGGAAAGAAGUGAGUGAAGCAGCUAAUGACAUCUGCUAUGGAUAAACAGUAUUAAAAUUGAAGGCUAAAACUCAAAAUAUUAAAUGACACAUUUAGGGAACGAACCUGUAGAUGUAAUGCAAUAGGUUCAUUGACAACGAAGGCCUGUUAAUAUUCGAUAUAUAUACCAUUAGUACAUAAUUCUUUAAUAUACAUGUAAUUAUUGUUGUUGUUGAUAUUAUAGCGAAAAACUGUUUACUUAAAGCUUUUAACAAAUUUUGCAUUGUUGUUGUGUGCUAUAUGCUAAUAAGUAAGAUAUUUAUAAUUCUCAAACUCAUGUUCACGAAUAAAAACUUAGUUAAAAAUA